CACAAUCACCAGCAUUAUAAUGUGCCAUUUAACAUUGAGGGUAACAAUGUGCCGUAAAAUAAAGAUAAGGAAAUAUCUGUCUCUUAAUCUCGUACUUUAUUUCACCUGAUAACACUUAAACUACACAAUAACGACUGUCACAUUCAUAUUAAAGUCUUUGAAACGUGAAACUAUUGCUGUGCCGAAUAUAUUGCUGAUUUGUAUCAUUUUUCUUCCUUUAGACGACUGAAACAUCAUGGACCGCUCCCUAGAGAUGGAGGCGGUUUUGUUGACCCGGAAGAACUUCAGGGAGGAGGAGGAGACAGACAUCGAGAGUCUCCUCUAUUUUUAUGAACAUCACUACAGGAGACAGUUCGGGAAGAUCGACGACUUAGCCAACUUCCUGAUCCGAUAUGCAGCCACCCACCAGUACCUGACUAGGGCGAACCUGGUGUAUUACAUCUACGUGGUCAUGAAUCAGGAACAACUGGAUAAGAUUGUGGCUGAUUUCCAGCUGCCGGAAUCACCUCUCAGAGACAUCAAAAUGGAUCCAGAGGAGGUUGCCGAAGCCUUAAAAGCUUUAAGAUCAAUAUCGGAGGGCAUGGAGAGAAAACUCCUCGAGAAGGAGAAGGAGCUGGAAGAAGCUGCCAUGACCAGUCAACAGGAGAAAGUGGAGGAUCACCUGCAGGAAGAGGAGAACCAUCAGGAGGAGCAAGAAGAGGUGGAACACCAUAUUGAGGAACAAGAGGAGAGAAAGAAAGAACAAGACGAAGAUGUUCCUGCAGAAAAUAUAGAGGAUUUGAAAAAGCUGAAGAAAGAUGUUCCUCCUGGACAGCAAGAAGAGGGGUUAGAACUAGAGGAACAAGAGGAACAUAAGCAGGAACAAGAGGAAGAUGUUCCUGCUGAAAAGCAAGACGAGGAAGAAGAACCGGAGACAGAUGUUCCUGCUGAAAAGAGAGAAGAGGUGGAAGAUUCGGAGAGAGAUGUUCCUGCCCAAGAGAAAGAAGAUGUGGAAGAGCUGAAGAAAGAUGAUCCUCCUGAACAGCAAGGAGAGGGGAUAGAACGAGAAGAACAAGAGGAGAAAAAGCAGGAACAAGAGGAAGAUAUUCCUGCUGAAAAGCAAGAAGAGGCAGAACAACCGGCAAAAGAUAUUCCUGCUGAACAGAAAGAAGAGGUGGAAGAAUCGGAGAGAGAGGUUCCUGCCCAAAAGAAAGAUGAUGUGGAAGAAAUGAAGAAAGAUGUUCCUCUUAAACAGCAGGAAGAGGUGAUCGAACUAGAGGAACAAGAGGGGCAAGAGCAGGAACAAGAGGAAGAUGCUCCUGCUGAAAAGCAAGACGAGGGAGAAGAACCGGAGACAGAUGUUCCUGCUGAAAAGAGAGAAGAGGUGGAAGAUUCGGAGAGAGAUGUUCCUGCCCAAGAGAAAGAAGAUGUGGAAGAGCUGAAGAAAGAUGAUCCUCCUGAACAGCAAGGAGAGGGGAUAGAACAAGAAGAACAAGAGGAGAAAAAGCAGGAACAAGAGGAAGAUAUUCCUGCUGAAAAGCAAGAAGAGCAGAACAACGGGCAAAGAUAUUCCUGCGAACAGAAAGAAGAGGUGAAGAAUCGGAGAGAGAGUUCCGCCCAAAGAAAGAUGAUGUGGAAGAAAUGA